UGUCUCUAUGUCAGGCAAGCAUGAAGUCGGUGGUUGUAACCUUCUGUCUCCUCUGCUUUCAGUUUGAAGCCCUGUACGGAGCUGACACCUGUUCAUCACGGUUAUGCAAAAAUAUAGAACAGCCUCAUGUCUCUGACCCCCAGGUGAUGGUGGAAUUUAGGAGUGGAGACUUCAAGCUCAUAUUCCACAACCCCAAAAAUGUGAGCGAGUUCAGCAUGAUCCUUUUCAAAGGGCAUGAAAAGAAGCAGAUCUGUGCACUCCAUGUGAGCAAAGAGAAAACCGUUCCCGAGAGUAACGUCAGCUACUGCCAUGCAGAACAUUCAAAUAGCAGCACCACUUUCAUUCUUAAAAAUCUGGAAAGAAAGCACACCGACGUUUAUACCUGCUGCCUGGAGAUGUUUUUACCUCCUCCUUACAUAGACUGCAGGAUGAACGAAACCUAUUUGUACAUCCAAGAUAAGGAAGACUGCUUUUCAUCAGGAUUCAUGUCAUGGAUAAUUAUUGGACUGAUAGUGUUUGCCAUGAUUUCCUGUGUCUGCUGUGUAGUUGCCUGUUUCUUAAGGAACAAGAACCAGCAGUGUGAAUCCAACUCCCAUGAGUACAACAGCGAAUACAUGCCCAUGGCAGCAGUGAACGCAGCUAGAAAACCAAGAAUCUGAGAUAUAAGUUAUUUGUGGCAUAGAAAUUUUGGCAGCAGGAGUUUCCAGCUACUUGAACCUGGACUACAGGAAAUUGGCAUUUCCUCACCUCUCUCAGCCUCCCUGAGCUCUCGUGAUGGUCCUGCGCUCAGUCCUGAGACAUCCACUCCAGUACUGUCCUAAGCCGUGUUUUGCUGUAGAUUUCUGUGUUAACUGGCACACUUCCUGAUCCACUGACUUGUACAUGAGGUGCUAACAAUGCGUUCGAGAUGUCAGCUUGUAGGUAAAGAAAAGGUAGCAUGUUUGCCUGAGAGUAGAUCUCUGUAGUGCUGCUACAGAGCGAAUUUUGGUUUUCUACAGUUUCCUUUAUGAAAAACUUUCCAUUGGGGAAAAAAAAAGACUACCUCCAGUGCCAAUCCUUGGGGCAUAGCCAUGAAGCACUGUCAAUGUAUUGCACAUUCCCCUUUAGUUAGGGCUUGUGUCGCCUGAUAAUAUCAAUUCAUCCUAAGAUUUACUGCCAAACUUCUUAGCACCACACUAGGAGAGUGCAGUGCACACACAUGCUCUCCUGCAACACCACCUGAGACAGCAGGGGAACGAAAACUGAGAGAGUACAACAGGGACUUUACCGUGACCCAGAACCUCAGGUUUAUGCACCUGCAUUUUUUGUAUCUGUAGUAUCAAUACAUCUUUGCACCUCACACCUCAGGGUUCCUCUUCUUUAAUUAAAUUCUGAAUUCCUCUACUGAAAGUGAAAUAUAUUACUUUCAAGACUGCAGCUGUUCUUUAAAUCAGUUCUGGCCUGCAGGGUCUGUCCCUAAACUAGGAGGCACCAUCUCCUAUUCACGUCUCACAGCACAAAUGCACCACAGUCCAUAAGGCCGGAGUAUUCACAGGCUUUGCGUUGCAAUUAUCUUCCUCUUGUGGUUUGACAUGAAACCUUUACCACUUCCCCAGCGGGUUUAGGGGUUACUUGACCUUCCUCAAAUUGCUCGGAGCCCUCAAUGUGAAUGAAACGAUCAUUCCUUCAGGCUCCUUGUGAACUCCAACAAAACUCGGACCAUAAAUGACCCACUGGGAAUCCAACCUGGAUGUUUUCGGCAGGCACAGUUCAGCUGUGUGGAAGCAGAGUGCCGCAUUGAUUCUUAAUCUCUCCGUAAUUCAUGGAAAAAACAAAUACUCGUCAGAGGGCACUAUGGUAAAAGAGCCAUAGCUAGUUCAUCUGGUAGACAACAUGUUGAUUUCAAAUCAGGGAUUAUCAGGCAGGAAAGUGAGAUGAGUUGGUAAGUCAAGAACAGGGUUUUCCUGAGCAAACACGUAUAUACAUGGAAGUGUUGCAGAGAAAAGGUGCAAAUUGUUAGCCGUGACCUUAAGCAAAGAGGAAAGCACUGAAAGAAGUAGGGACUCAGUUUAGCAGUGGGUACUCUGGUUAGAUAACCAGCUCCUGCACAGGGAUGUAGAUGGGCACCCUGGUGUUCAGGUUAACAUUACAUUCCCUCCCAUUGCUCUACCAGAAGACCUCUUCCAGACUACUUAACCUCCCCCUUAAGGCAAAAAUAUCCUCUGCAUAUCCACGAAUACACUGAUUUCACCAUAAAUGGCUUUUAAAACUAUCGGUGAAAAUAGCUAACUACUACUGCCUAUGAGAAAUGCUAGAUGUAAGCUCCUGUGUAAUGGUAGAGAGUCCAAAGGAACCUACCACCAACUGAGAAGGAAAUUCAAGGAACAAAGAGUUUCUGAAAGAAGGAAGAAACUUGAGGUUCACUUUGAGAUGCUGCUGGAUAAAGGACAAAUGAUGAAAGUCUGACCAAGGAAGUUUAAAAUACAUAUAUUGUACUCUAGACAGAUAAAUGAUUUAUAUUCAUGGUAACAAAGCCUGUCUCAAUAAGC